UUGCAGUUGAUAUUCAGACACAAUGGGUUCCAACAAGAUCUGGCUGCGCGCUGAGACCAAGCCUGCCGAGGCACGGUCUGCUUUGACACCGACCACUUGCAAGGCUCUUAUUGAUGCUGGAUAUGAGGUGACGGUUGAGCGAUCUACUCAGCGUAUCUUCGAUGAUGACGAAUUCGCAAAGGUUGGCGCUCCUCUUGUUGAGGAAGGUUCUUGGGUCAAGGAUGCACCCAAGGACGCUUACAUUCUAGGUCUGAAGGAACUUCCUGAGGAUGACUUUCCUCUCGAGCACGUUCACAUCUCUUUUGCGCACUGCUACAAGGAGCAGGCCGGCUGGGAGAAGGUGCUGAGCCGGUGGCCUCGUGGUGGCGGUGUUCUCCUGGACUUGGAGUUCCUCACCGAUGAUGCUGGUCGUCGGGUUGCUGCCUUCGGUUUCUCUGCUGGCUAUGCUGGUGCUGCCUUGGCCGUCAAGAACUGGGCCUGGCAAUUGACGCAUCCCGAGGGCGAGCCUCUCGCCGGCGAAAAGCCUUAUGCCAACCAAGACCUUCUGAUUCAGUCAGUCAAGGAGUCACUCCAGGCGGGUCAGAAGCAGUCUGGCAAGUCCCCAAAGAUACUUGUCAUCGGUGCUCUGGGACGUUGUGGUAAGGGUGCUGUGCAAUUGGCGAAGGACGUCGGCAUUCCCGAGUCUGAUAUCAUUCAGUGGGAUAUGGAGGAAACCAAGAAGGGUGGCCCUUUCAAGGAGAUUGUUGAGGAUGCUGACAUCUUCGUGAACUGCAUUUACCUGUCUUCCAAGAUCCCUCACUUCGUUAAUGUUGAGAGCCUUUCCACCCCUAGCCGUCGUUUGUCUGUCAUUUGCGACGUGAGCGCUGAUACUACCAACCCCAACAACCCAAUUCCUGUCUACAACAUCACCACCACCUUUGACAAGCCCACAGUACCCGUUACUCUGCCCAAUGGCACUCAAGGCACGCCUCUCAGUGUGAUCAGCAUUGACCACCUCCCGUCGCUUCUCCCGCGUGAAAGCUCCGAGAUGUUUAGUGAAGCGCUGAUGCCCAGCUUGCUUCAGCUCAAGGACCGUGAGAACGCUCGGGUCUGGAAGCAGGCCGAGGAUCUGUUCAACCAGAAGGUUGCCACUCUGCCUCAAACGGCGUAA